AUGAGACGUGGAGCCGGCGACGCAACUUGGCGGCUUGGCUCUGAUGGUGACGACUGGAGUUCGUUUGGACCUGUCGACAAGACUCGCGGCAGCAGCUUCAACGUCGAAGCAACCAAGGACGACGCAUCUCACCCAUCGCCGCCUCUUGUGGGGGAUCGCACAGCCAUAAUGGCGGACCAGAGAGAUCUGGAAAAGCAGCAUGAGGCUGCGGCGGCGCCUGCUGCUGAGCUCAAGGAGACUGGGGCCAGCCCGGCUUCUGAGCCAACUUCCAGCUCUUCCGCAUCCGUGGCUACAAUUUCGCCAGAAGAAGAGCGCGAGAGAGCCAGACAGGCAAACCCCAGUGGAUUCUCCAACGCACAAGGUGGCGUGAACAUUGAGCGUGCAACAGCCGACUUCGCCGAGCUCCAGCGUGAGAUCUCUGGUCUCUCACGCAUCAGCCGUGUUCAAAGCCGGCAGAGCCAGAAGGGCGUAGAUGUGGAGAAGGUCAAAUCUAACAGGACUGGUGCAGACGAGUCUGACAGCACCGAGGAACUGUUCGACCUCGAAGCUACUCUGCGUGGUGGACUCGCUGCCCAGCAGGAGGCCGGCAUCAAGCCAAAGCACAUUGGCGUCUACUGGGACAAGCUCACUGUCAAGGGCAUGGGUGGCAUGACCAACUAUGUGCAGACCUUCCCGGAUGCGUUCAAGAACUUUUUCAAUUUCUGGACCCCAAUCAUGGGCCUUUUCGGAAAGGGCUUCAGCUUCGAGGAGGCCACCCUUCUUGACAAUUUCAAGGGUGUCGUCAAACCCGGUGAGAUGGUGCUCGUCCUCGGGCGGCCUGGCUCAGGCUGCACCACGUUCUUGAAGAAUAUUGCCAACCAGCGUCAUGGAUACACCAGCGUCUCGGGUGACGUCUUGUACGGCCCGUGGACUGCUGAUGAGUUCAAGCAAUACCGAGGCGAGGCCGUUUACAACCAGGAGGACGACAUUCACCACUCAACUCUGAGUGUGGGGCAGACUCUUGGCUUCGCCCUCGACGUCAAGGUGCCGAACAAGUUGCCCGCCGGCACAACGAAGAAGCAGUUCAAGGAGGAUGUCAUCACAAUGCUGCUCAAGAUGUUCAACAUUGAGCACACGCGCAACACCGUCGUCGGUGAUGCUCUCGUCCGUGGUGUCUCUGGCGGUGAGCGCAAGCGUGUCUCUAUCGCGGAGAUGAUGAUCACCAAUGCCUGUAUUCUGUCCUGGGACAACAGCACGCGUGGCCUUGAUGCCAGUACCGCCCUCGAUUUUGCCAAGUCCUUGCGCAUCCAGACCAACCUGUAUCAGACUUCGACUUUUGUCUCCCUGUACCAGGCGUCUGAGAACAUCUACAAGCAGUUCGACAAGGUGCUCGUCAUUGACUCUGGCAAGCAGGUCUAUUUUGGACCAGCUUCCGAGGCUCGCGCCUAUUUUGAAGGCCUCGGAUUCCUGCCUCGCCCCCGGCAAACCACGCCUGAUUAUGUUACUGGCUGCACUGACGAGUUCGAGCGUGACUAUGCCGACGGGUACUCACCCGAGAACGCGCCGCACAGCGCAGAGACCCUGGCUGAGGCCUUUAAUAAGUCUGCUAUUGCUGCUCGCCUGAACGAGGAGAUGGCCAGCUACAAGACACAGCUCGAGCACGAGUCGGCCAAGCACAAUGAUUUCCAGACGGCAGUUCGGGAGAGCAAGCGGGGCGGCGCUAAGCGUUCCGUCUACGGUGUCGGCUUCCACCUGCAAGUCUGGGCCAUCAUGAAACGUCAGUUCGUCCUCAAGAUGCAGGACAAGCUCAGUCUUUCCCUCUCCUGGCUUCGUGCCAUUGUCAUCGCCAUCGUCCUCGGUACUCUUUAUCUCAACCUCGGUCAAACCUCAGCCAGCGCCUUCAGCAAGGGUGGUCUUCUCUUCAUCAGUCUCCUGUUCAACGCAUUCCAGGCCUUCUCGGAGCUCGGGUCAACUAUGACAGGCCGCCCCAUCGUGAACAAGCACAAGGCUUAUGCGUUCCAUCGGCCCUCGGCCUUGUGGAUUGCGCAAAUCUUUGUCGACGCCGCCUUCUCAGCUGUGCAGAUCCUGGUGUUCUCCAUCAUUGUGUAUUUCAUGACUAACCUGACAAGGACUGCGGGUGCCUUCUUCACCUUCUACCUUAUGAUCUUGGUCGGCAACAUAGCUAUGACGCUGUUCUUCCGCAUCAUUGGUUGUCUAAGUCCGGACUUUGAUUACGCCAUCAAGUUCGCCGUCGUCUCCAUCACGCUGCUCAUUCUGACAUCUGGUUACCUCAUCCAGUAUCAGAACCAGCAGGUAUGGCUGCGGUGGAUCUUUUGGAUCAACCCACUGGGCUUAGCGUUUGCUGCCCUCAUGGCGAACGAAUUUGGACGCAACACGCUCACCUGCUCGGCCGAAUCUCUCAUCCCGUCAGGCCCUGGCUACGGCGACAUCAACAAUCAAGUCUGCACGCUCCCCGGAUCCACGCCUGGUACCGAUCAGGUCGAUGGAGGCGCAUACAUAUCCCAGGCCUUCCAGUAUGCGCCCGAGGAUCUCUGGCGCAACUUUGGUAUCAUCAUCGCCAUCAUCAUCUUCUUCCUUGCGGCCAAUGUCAUUCUCGGUGAGGUCCUCAACCAUGGCAUGGGUGGCAACACUUUCCGCACAUACGCCAAACCCAAUGAGGAGCGUAAGAAGCUCAACGCGGAGCUGCAAAAGCAUCGUCUUGCCCGUCAGAAGUCGCGACGCGAAGGCCAAGAUAAGACCAUGAAGAUCGAAUCUGCCAGCGUCCUGACCUGGGAGAACCUCAACUACGAUGUACCAGUCCCUGGUGGCACUCGUCGUUUGCUGAAUAAUGUCUACGGCUACUGCAAGCCUGGCCAGCUUACUGCCCUCAUGGGUGCCUCCGGUGCCGGCAAGACGACGCUUCUGGACGUGCUGGCUGCUCGCAAGAACAUCGGUGUCAUCUCUGGUGAUAUCCUGGUCGACGGCCUCAAACCUGGCAAAGAAUUCCAGCGAUCAACCUCGUACGCUGAACAGCUCGACAUGCACGAUCCCACCCAGACCGUCCGUGAGGCUCUGCGCUUCUCGGCUGACUUGAGACAACCCAUGACCACUCCUCAGGAGGAGAAGUAUGCGUACGUCGAGGAAAUCAUUGCCCUGCUUGAGAUGGAGGAUAUCGCAGAUGCCAUCAUUGGAUACCCCGAGUUCGGUUUGGUUGUUGAGGAGCGCAAGCGUGUCACCAUUGGUGUCGAGCUUGCUGCCAAGCCGGAGCUGCUACUGUUCUUGGAUGAGCCGACGUCUGGUCUUGACAGCCAGAGCGCCUUCAACAUUGUCCGUUUCCUCAAGAAGCUUGCGGGUGCUGGCCAGGCCAUUCUGUGCACCAUCCACCAGCCCAACGCCGCUCUGUUCGAGAACUUUGACCGGUUGCUGCUACUGCAACGUGGUGGCCAGUGUGUCUACUUUGGCGAUAUCGGCAGCGAUGCUUAUGUUCUCCGUGAUUAUCUGGCCCGGCAUGGCGCCGUUGCUGGAGAGUCUGACAACAUUGCCGAGUUCAUGCUCGAGGCCAUUGGUGCCGGCAGCCGUCCUCGCUUUGGCGAUCGUGACUGGGCUGAUAUCUGGGCAGACAGCCCCGAGCUUGCUAAUGUCAAGGACACCAUUUCUCAGCUCAAGUCCGAACGUCAGGCCGCGGACUUGCAGAUCGAUCACGCCCUGGAGCGCGAAUAUGCAUCGACGCUGUCGCACCAGCUUAGGACGGUCAUGCGCCGCAUGAACCUGUCCCUGUGGCGGUCCCCCAACUAUCUGUUCACUCGUGUUUUCAACCACGUUGCCAUCGCUAUCCUUACUGGUCUCACCUACCUACAACUCGACGACUCUCGUGCGUCUCUGCAGAACAAGGUCUUCGUCAUGUUCCAGAUUACCGUCUUGCCUGCGCUUGUCAUGACACAAGCCGAGGUUAUGUGGGUUAUCAAGCGUGCCAUUUUCUUCCGGGAGCAGUCCAGCAAAAUGUACAGCAGCUUGACGUUCACGGUCACCAUGAUUGUCGCCGAGAUGCCGUACUCGAUUCUUUGCGCUGUUCUGUUCUUCCUGCCGCUCUACUACAUGCCUGGGUUCCAGUAUGAGAGUGUGAGAGCGGGUUACCAGUUCUUCAUGAUCUUGAUCACGGAGCUGUUCGCCAUCACUCUGGGUCAGGUCCUUGCUGCCAUCUCUCCGUCAGCCUUCAUCGCCUGCCAGUACGACCCGUUCAUCGUCAUCACCUUUGCGCUCUUCUGUGGUGUCACAAUCCCCUAUCCUCAGAUGCCUGGUUUCUGGAAGGCCUGGUUGUACCAGCUGGACCCUUUCACGCGUUUGAUUGGUGGCACAGUCACCACCGCUCUCGAGGGUCUUCCUGUCGUCUGCAGAUCAGGCGAGCUCCAACACUUCAAUGCUCCUGGCGGCGAAUCCUGCGGCGAGUAUAUGGAACCGUUUUUCAGCUCGGGUGGCCUCGGCUACCUUGUCAACAAUGCCACGAGUGCUUGCGAGUACUGUGCCUACAAGAUUGGCAAUCAGUUUUACGAGCCGCUUGGCUUUGAGUUCAGCAACCGUUGGAGAGAUCUCGGCAUCUUUGCCGCCUUCAUCUUCAGUAACCUGGCGAUUCUGCUCUUGGCGGGACGCUUCCUGAACUUCAAUCGACGAUAGAGUACCAGGUCUGGUGUCGUGACGUUUGAUUUUUUCUCACGAGGAUACGAGCAUGUUCCUCUUCUGGCCUGCAUUACGCUAGCUAAUGCAGUGUUAAACUCUCUUUACAGCGCCGGGGCAUUGCGCGAUUCCGCAUUUUGUUUUAGAACAUAAAAGCCUAUCACUAGAUAUUUUUUUUCCUGUCUUCGCUUUACAUAUCAUUCUCUAUAUUUUCAUAAUGGUCUACGGAUGACUAGAUACGGUACUCGCAGCAUACGAGGGUCGACACUGAUCCAAUAAUCAAAUAAGAGAGUCGUUUUGACAUUGGCGGU